AUGGCCUUGGAUUACGAAAAAGACCCCGGAUGGCAGUACCUGCGCCAAUCUCGAGAGCAGGCUCUCCAGGAUCAAUCCAAACCGUAUGACUCGAAAAAGGACUGUUGGGUUCCCGAUGCAGAAGAAGGAUAUAUUGCGGCUGAGAUAACCGGUACAAAAGGAGAUCAGGUUACGGUAGUCACCGCGCGCGGUAAUGAGUUGACACUCAAGAAGGAACUUGUGCAGGAAAUGAAUCCUCCAAAGUUCGAAAAAACAGAGGACAUGUCAAAUUUGACCUUCCUUAACGAUGCAUCCGUUCUACACAAUCUCCGAGCUCGUUAUGCGUCUAUGCUUAUCUACACCUACUCUGGUCUGUUCUGUGUGGUCAUCAACCCGUACAAACGUCUUCCGAUCUAUACCGAAUCUGUGGCAUCGAUGUUCAUGGGCAAAAGAAGGACGGAAAUGCCUCCGCAUUUGUUUGCCGUUUCCGAUUUGGCCUACAGGAACAUGCUUCUAGACCACGAGAAUCAGUCUAUGCUAAUUACGGGAGAAUCUGGAGCCGGAAAGACUGAAAACACUAAAAAGGUAAUUGCCUAUUUCGCCAAUGUCGGUGCUACCCAGCAAGGCGUGGCUGCCGAACCCGGAAAGAAGAAGGUCACGCUAGAGGACCAAAUCGUCCAGACUAACCCAGUAUUGGAAGCAUUCGGUAACGCCAAGACUGUUCGUAACAACAACUCGUCCCGAUUCGGAAAAUUCAUUCGAAUUCACUUCAACAAAUCGGGACGUUUGGCCUCUUGCGAUAUCGAGCAUUAUUUGCUUGAGAAAUCUCGUGUGAUUCGUCAAGCUCCG